AUGGCUGGGCCUCAGGAGCUGCUGCCUCGCUGGCUGCUGGACCACCACCUGUCUGAUGACGAGGCUGCUGCUGUCCCCGACCGCAUCCACCUGAGCCCUUGGGACGACGGCUUCACGCCCUCGGGGUGCAACGGGCGGCCGGGGAAAAUCGUGCGCGAUUUCCCUCGAGACCACCCGGGGGCGUUCGCGGUGGUGGACGGCGCCGUGAGUGAGCGCACGGCCGACCUGCUGUACGCCAGCGCCGUCAAGGCGACGGUCUGGGGCGUCUACGUGCCCGACCCAGAUGCCUAUCGCCACGCGCUGGCACGCAGGACGGUGCAGGAGUUUCUGGCGCAGAAGGACGCAGGCCAGCGGAUCUCCGAGCAGGACUGGCAGCGCACCCACGGCGUGGCCGUCUGGGUCAUCGCCUCGGACUGCGACGACGAGACCGAGUACCACCUGGACUACGCCGAGCAGGUCCGCUACGAGACGAACGUCGUGUUCCCGCCCAUCUACGGCGCCACGCUGCACGGCCGCGAGACGAGCUCGUUCGAUGGCGGCGGCUUCCACGUGAACCUCACGGGGCUGGCGCACUACGACAAGUACGGCUACAAGACCCGCAAGCAGCCGCACCGACUGACGACGGACGAGCUGGAGGAGCUCAGUGCGAGCGAGCCGGGCUGGGAGCGCGUGGCGUACAAGUAUCGUCGCGGCAUCCUGUGCGACGGCGAGCUCGCGCACUUCAGCGGGCGGGUGCGCUCCCUCCCGACGUCGGUUCCGCUGCCAGUGAAGCGCGUGGUGGUGGGCUUCAACCUGUUCCCGAGCGAGAUCGGCGCGUGCGUGGCCAAGUUCCCGGAGCACAGCGGCGCCUUCAACCGCUACGUGAAGCUCUCGCAGGCUGCGGUGAGGCAGACGAAGCUGCUGUCGACCGUGAGCAACAAGGGCGGCUGGAGCCUGGCGAGCGUGCGCGCGAACCCGAAGCAGGCCGCGUUUCUCAAGCUACUGGCGCGCAAGGUGCGCGAGAACCAGCAGCAGAAGGCGGCGCAGACUCCACCUCCAGAGCGUCAGCCGUCCAAGGCUGGAGCGUAA